AAAAAAAAAAAAAAAAAAAAAAACGUGAAUCCAUAUAACAUUUUGCAUAUAGAACCCUGAUCUCAAAAUUCAUCGAACAGUAAGAACUAGUGCAAAAGAAAUUAUCUUUAUUUCUUAAACCUACAUGUUUUAAUCUAUUUUUAUAUUAACUAUCAUAACAUUCUUGAAAUGUAAACAGCAUGUGCAGCUCGGUAAAUGUUCUUUCUCAUGCACUUGGCGGUCAGCAAAUAAUUGCCAAGCCAAACGAAGGUGGUGAUCAGAAUACACAAAAGGAUGGCAGCACAUUUGGAAAAUAUGAAACUGUUCCUUCUGUUGCAUCAAAUGGAUCAUUUGUUUCUAGCCCUCCUGCAUUUUCGUAUGCUCCGUCUACCAGCAUUGCAAACUUCAUGCCCAGUUUCACUGCUGCCUCCAGUAGCUGUCAUUUUGGGUCAAAUUUGUCACCUUCACCCCUUAUUAAGUUUGGUAUUUCUGAAGAUCAAUCCACUGCUGUUUUAGCAUCAUCAACUACCAAUGCAUCAGAACCAACAGUUUUCCAAUCCAAAGCAGAGAGCAGUUCUGUUUUUGGCGGCUUAAUUAAUAUAAACUCUAGCAUUUCAUCAUUUGCAGCAAGCUCUGGAAGUAACACUUUUCGACUUGGUUCUUCACUUGCGUCUUCAAUGGCAAAUGGUCAGUCUCAAAGUCUUCUUGGUGCAGCAAGUGGAUUUUUAACAUCCUCCGUUGGAAUUGUCUCACAGAGCACACCCAUUCAGUCUGGUACAUAUGCAUCAUUAUCGUCCUUCAAUAUCUCUAGUAGCACUUCUUUAGUUUCAUCCUCUUUCAGUUCCCAAGCAUUAAGUCCAAAUGGUACUUUGGGUUUUAGUUCAAGUUUGGUUCCCUCAUCAGCGACCAAUGGAAUUGGCUCUGGAAAUGGGCCAACAUCUAGUCUGUUCAAAUUUGUUGGAAGUUCUUCAGGUGUCAAUGUAGUUAGCUCUAGCAGCGGUGCGACUGGCUUAUCUAGUUUUGGCCCCAGUUCCUCCUCUUCUGGGACCAACACCGUUGGUUCUAGCAGUGGUGCCUCUUCUGGCAUAUUCAGUUUUAGUGGCAGUUCUUCAACUUAUAAUCCAGGGACCAAUGCUGCUUCCAACAGCACCAGUACUUCUGGUAUAUUUAAAUUUGGUGGAAAUUCUUUGGCUUCCUCAAUGUUUACUACUUCGACUUCAUUGACUGGAUUCUCCUUUGGUGCAUCCUCCUCUUCCUUUGCUACUAACGCUGCUCCAAUGGUAUUGAAUUCGUCUUCUGGUUCCUCUUCAAGCCUGAAAGUUUUCUCAUUUUCUGCAGCCCCUGCUGCAGCUUCCUCGCCUGUAUUUGGGAAUCCCUCUUCUCCCUUUGCAAACCACAAUCAAAUAAACACUGAAGACAGUAUGAUUGAGGAUUCAGUGCAGUCACCUUCUCUUCCUGUAUCUGGUCAACCAUCCGCCUCACCUUCUCCACCGGCAGUAAUGUUUGGGUUGGCAAGUACAUCACAAGCCAUUCCCUUUCAAUUAGGUAGCCAGCCAAACCAAGUUGCUCAGCAAAAUCCAUCUCCUUUCCAGGCAUCAACCAGUCUAGAACAUAAUGCUGGUGGGGGGUUCUCAUUGGGCAGUGGUGGCGGCGGUGACAAGUCAGGUCGUAGGAUUGUUAAAGUUAAUCGCAAUAAGCACAGGAAGAAGUGAAGAAAAUGAAGAGUAAAGCUUUUGUAUGCUUCAUGGACGCUGUUUAUCACUGAGAAGAAGAGUUGUUGAACAAUGAUGGAUAGAUUGACCCCCCGCCUAGCAUUUUAAAAGGCGUUGAUUUUAUUCACAGUAGAUUUUUAGAAGAAAAAUCUCACAAUUUUGAUCACUGUUUAACUCUUAAAAUGAUUGCAAUGUACCAGUAGAGCAAUACUUGAUGUUUGGUCAUGGAAUUUGUGCAAGUGACCAUGUUUUAGUGUACUUCGUUGUGUAACAUCAAAAGAGAGUGCUUAUAGAGAAAAUAUCUAGUUAAUUUCCGUUCCCUUUUCAUUUUCAA